GUUCACGAUGCCAUUGACCUCUAGUUUAACUCCACCAUCGUACAAUUCAAUAGCAUCUUCAAGACUUCUGCCGUUCUGCGAGUGUCCCGGCCCGACGCUUGGACAAUCAACGCAUAAUUUCUAAAGAAGCGUGGACUUUCCUUCCAUCGUUGUCUACUUUUUGUUCGUGAAGGAUGAAUUUGAGUAGCAAUAAGCAACUGCAGACCGGCCGUCUACAUCUUUCUGAGUUCCACUCGCGAAAUCUCUUCGACAUACGGAAAUUUCGCGUCCCAAUUUUGCCGGGAAAGCGCUCGCCACUCUCGUUGCCAACUCUCUCUUUCUCGCGGCCUCUGGGGUUCCCAUCUCUCCCUGACCCGAAACUUCCCCGGACAGAUCGGAGCUUAAGGUUUUUGGUCAGCAGGUGUGUAUCCGAGAAGUUAUCGGAUCCUUUUGAGCAGGGUCCGGGUCUAAAUGAUGCAUCCGCACCAGGUCAGGUGCCUAAACAAAAGGACACUUCUAUUCUGAAAAUCUUGAAGGAAUCAAAUUCCCUUUUGCCUCAUGUAGUCCUUGCUAGCACGCUGUUGGCUCUUGUGUAUCCACCUUCUUUUACAUGGUUUACCACCAGGUACUAUGCACCUGCAUUGGGGUUUUUAAUGUUUGCAGUUGGGGUUAAUUCCAGAGAAAAUGAUUUCCUUGAAGCAUUCAAGAGACCAGCAGCUAUUUUUGCUGGUUAUGUUGGCCAAUUUGUAAUGAAACCUCUUCUUGGAUAUUUUUUUGGGGCAAUCUCAGUUACACUCUUGGGUCUACCACCUUCUAUAGGUGCUGGGAUUAUGUUGGUAUCUUGUGUUAGUGGGGCUCAACUCUCAAAUUAUGCUACUUUCCUCACAGACCCAGUAAUGGCCCCUCUUAGCAUUAUUAUGACAUCAUUAUCUACUGCUACUGCAGUAUUUAUCACACCAAUGUUGUCGCUCUUGCUCAUUGGAAAGAGACUGCCGGUUGAUGUGAAAGGAAUGAUGUCUAGCAUUAUGCAGAUUGUAGUUGCACCAAUUGCUGCUGGCUUGUUAUUGAAUCGGUUCUUUCCCGUAAUCUGUGGUGCAAUUCGGCCAUUUUUGCCUCCGCUGUCCGUCUUAGUAACAGCUCUCUGUGUUGGAGCACCACUUGCCCUUAACAUCGAGUCUGUUUUAUCUCCUUUUGGAGUGACCAUUUUGUUUGUCGUCAUUGCAUUUCAUUUGUCAGCGUUUAUAGCUGGUUAUGUCUUUACUGGUCUAGUAUUCCAUAAAGCUACUGAUGUGAAAGCUCUGCAAAGAACACUAUCAUAUGAGACAGGAAUGCAAAGCAGUCUUCUUGCCCUUGCACUUGCCAAUAGGUUCUUUCAAGAUCCACUCGUGGGUGUGCCUCCAGCAAUCUCGACGGUAAUAAUGUCUUUGAUGGGCUUCUCUCUAGUGCUGCUUUGGACUAAGAGGAAACAAUAACAGUCUGUUGAAACAUUACUACAAGCGUUGACAUAUUGCAACUUUAAUAUCCAUUAUUCCAAGGUGAAUGGGCAGUGCAGAAUCUGUCAUGGGGCACAUGAAGAUGGAGAUUAAGGAAGCUGUUUAGGAAGACAAUGCGCCGCAUCUGUUAUAUAGAAUCAAAUUGGCUUCCUUUCAUCACAAUUCUUACUUCAAACAUGGUAGAGAAAAGUUGCGAAACUAACUUAUGAGGAUCUGGGAAAAAUCCGAUUGAGGCAAAUAUGAAUUUUAGCCAGUUUUUUCCUUCCCAUGUUAGUAGGCUAUAGUAAUUAAAUUGGCUGUGUUAGACACUUGAGAGUUAAAUAAUGCUUUGUGCUCAGCAAGA